AUGUACGCCCUGCUGCAGCGCUCAUCCAUGAUGCACGGUCUGUUCCUGGCCGGUCCCGAGUUCUACACAGCCACGCCGGGCUACAGGGUCCGGCUGGGCCUGUCCUUCGGCCGCGUCAACCCGGCCAACGGAAUGCCCUACCUUGGCGUCUGGUUCACCAUCCUCAGGGGAAGGUACGACGACGCUCUGGAAUGGCCCUUUCAGUACAAGUUCAACAUCAGCGUGAUUGACCCGUCAGGCUCAGAAGAACACGCUCACGUGUCCAUGAACCCCAUGACGGCCAUCUGCAGGCUCCGGAAGCAGUUCCAGCGCCCCGCCGUCCGCAAAAACGGCGACGGCGAGGGCUGCGGAAAGUCAUUCCUGGUGCCGCACAGCAAGGUCCUGGGCUAUAUCGCCAACGACAGCCUGCUCAUACGGCUGAGCAUCUUCCUCGAGGACAAGGGCGCCAUCCCCAAGAGGGCCAAGGCGUACAUGAGGGGCCACCAGUUGGUCUCUGAGUUCCAGUGGGCCAUCGACGACGUCGACUCCAAGAUCAAGCAGGCCCGAAAGGGCGAGCUGCACUCCCUCACUAGCGACCUUUUCUAUAUCAACAGCGAAAGCUACCUGAUGAUUCUGCAGCUCAUGUUCCAUCCGGAGGACGAGCACCUAGGGCUCUUUGCGGUCGUCGUUCCGGGCGAGUUCGACGACAGCCUGGAGUGGCCUCUUUCCUACAGCUUCGAGCUAUCUAUAGUAGACCAGUCGCCCGGGUUCUUGACGGCCGAUCGUAAGGGUGUCAUAGAUCCAACGUCGGGAGUUUGUUCGCUGAAUGCCUUCACAAAGCCCCAGUACCAGCCCAACACGCCGUGCGGUUUUCGGAAGCUUGUCUCCUUCAGCGCGCUUGAACGCAACAACUUCAAGAAGGACGGAAAAAUACUGCUUCGCUUCACGGCGAUACUCGACCAGAUGCCCAACUUCGCUUCGGUAUCGGUGAAAGACAGACACCUGGUAGCUGAGUACACGUGGAAGGUGCCUAACAUUGAAAGAAAGAUUGCUCUCGCAAGCUCCGGCAGAGCCAGCAACCUAUUAAGUGAACGCUUCUAUACGAGACACCAGGGAUACCUGAUGCAAAUGCAACUCAAGUUUCAGAAUCACACUAACGGAAGUAUUGGAGUAUUCCUAACGCUUCUGGAAGGCGGCUAUGACUCCCUUGCGAGAUGGCCGUUCGUCAAAAGAUUUGACCUCAUCAUCAUUGAUCAGCAGCACGGGAAGACCGGCAACGAUGUUGUAGUUGCCGUCGACCCGAACAAUCCGUACAUCCGGAACGAAGCAUGCGUCGGCUCCUUCUGGCGGCCCUUCGGUCGUAACGACGCCUGUGGCUCCUCAAGCACGAUAUCCUACGAAGAGGUCUACAAUCGAAAGUACAUCAGGUACGGCAGCUUACUGGUGAAAGUGGUGGUUUACAUGGAAGAAAUCGAACCACCCAACCAGGCCAAGCUUGUAUUCCGAGACGACAGCGUUGUCGCCGAAUACGAUUGGCUAGUGAGCGACAUCAAGGAGAAGGUGGCGCAGGCAAGGUCGGGCAGCCUCCAGUUUGUGGAUAGCGAAAAAUUCUACCUGACCAACGGCGGCUAUCGUGUGAUGCUCCGCCUCUAUCCCGAAAAAACCCGAGGAUUCAUAGGGCUCUAUGUCGUGUUCACGCGUGGAGCCUACGACAGCGUCCUCGACUGGCCGUUCACUCAGAAAUACGAACUCGUCCUGGUCGAUCAAAAAGACGCAACGGCGGACAUCACGCACACCACGUUCGCGGCCUCCGGAUGCCCCGACAUUGCGCUCCAGAAGCCCAUGCAGGAGUUUGCUGAGUGGAGCUGCGGAGAGAGCCAGAUGGUAAGUCACGACGUCCUCGAUGGUGACGAGUACGUGCUCAAGGGGGCCAUCCGAGUUCGUUUUCGGGUCUUCCUUAAGGAGUACGCCAGCCACGUUGCUUCCAUCGCCCUGCGUAACAAUGCGCUCGUCUCCGAGUACCUUUGGGAGCUCAAGGACGUCCUCGCCAAGGUGAACUUACUCAUGAACGGUGGGUUCUCCAAGGUUGAAAGCCCCCUCUUCUACACAGGGAACCAGGGCUACGCCAUGAGAAUCAGCGUCGUCCUGAACCGCGUCACGACGCCACUGCAGACGCUCGCCAGCAACGAUGAUCAGAGCGUGCUAGGUAUCUACUUCACCCUAUGGAAGGGUAAGCACGAUAGCGUCCUGGCGUGGCCCUUUCCACAUGCCAUAUCCCUGGCGCUAGUGGACCCUUCCAACUCAGGUCGAGACCUUGCCAAGACGGUGGAUCCAACUAACGCGCGCUGUCCUCCAGAGGCAUUCCACCGACCAAAAGGAACCAGAAAUGAGCAAGCUUGCGGCUACUCUGCCUUCCUCGCGGUGGAUAGGUUAAAGGACUACAUGAGGGACGGGUCGGUCAUUAUCAGAGCCACCGUAGACAUGAGGAGCUAG